CGCAGGCGCGUUGCACCCGCACUUCCGGGAGGUCACUUCCUCCCCCGUCGCCUAGCAACGGCUGGAAGCGUUGCUGACUUCCCGGGCAGCGGUGACGCCGGACUGAGCCGCGUUUCGCACGAUGGCGGAGGUGGAAGAAACCCUAAAGAGGAUCCAGAGCCAUAAAGGGGUGAUGGGAACUAUGGUCGUGAAUGCAGAAGGCAUUCCUAUCCGAACAACCUUGGACAACUCGACGACGGUUCAGUACGCGGGUCUUCUUCAUCAGCUGACAAUGAAAGCCAAGAGCACGGUCCGUGACAUUGAUCCUCAGAAUGACCUCACCUUUCUCAGGAUCAGGUCAAAGAAACAUGAAAUCAUGGUAGCCCCAGAUAAGGAAUAUCUUCUGAUCGUCAUUCAGAAUCCAUGUGAAUAGACCUGCUACGGCCCAUCCUGUCCUGUGAUGCCCAGUUGCAAAUGCUUUAUUUACUCCUUAGUUAUUACCAAGAUUAUAUUCCAAUCUGAUCUUUCAGACAUUAUUUACCAUUUUCACAAACUAUUCUGCACGUCUCAUUUAGUCCCUUUCAAAUGUAUCGUAAAGCUGUGAUUUAGUGAUGUAAUAAAUGAAUUCUGGUA